GCGAGUUUGCAUUUAGGGUUGCGUCCGCUGUCUUGUAAGCUAAUUGAAGUGUGCAGCUGCCGCCGAGAUGGGUCCAAAGAAAGGUGCAAAGCUCCCAGUCGCAGCUUCCAAGAAGAAGCCGGAGAAGGUGGUGAAUCCACUAUUCGAGAAGCGUCCGAAGCAGUUUGGGAUCGGAGGAGCAUUGCCCCCAAAGAGGGAUCUAACCCGAUUCGUCAAAUGGCCCAAGGCUGUUCAGAUUCAGAGGAAGAAGAGGAUCCUCAAGCAGAGGCUCAAGGUCCCACCAGCUCUCAACCAGUUCACCAAGACCCUUGACAAAAACCUCGCCACAAGCCUGUUCAAGAUGCUUCUCAAGUACAGGCCUGAAGACAAGGCGGAGAAGAAAGAGCGCCUUUUGAAUAGGGCACAUGCUGAGACUGAAGGGAAAACUGUCGAAGCCAAGAAGCCUAUUGUUGUGAAGUAUGGUCUCAACCAUGUGACCUACCUCAUUGAGCAGAACAAGGCUCAGCUUGUUGUUAUCGCUCAUGAUGUGGAUCCAAUUGAGCUGGUUGUAUGGCUCCCUGCUUUAUGCAGGAAGAUGGAGAUCCCCUACUGCAUUGUCAAGGGCAAAGCCCGUCUUGGAGCGAUUGUUCACAAGAAAACUGCUUCAGUUUUGUGCCUCACUACGGUCAAGAAUGAAGAUAAGAUGGAGUUCAGCAAAGUCUUGGAGGCUAUCAAGGCCAACUUCAAUGACAAGUACGAGGAAUACAGGAAGAAGUGGGGAGGUGGCAUCAUGGGUUCCAAGUCGCAGGCCAAGACCAAGGCAAAGGAGAGGCUCCUUGCAAAGGAAGCAGCCCAAAGAAUGAAUUAAGUUUUAUCUCGGUGUAUUAAGAAUUCCUUAGAUUAUGUGCUUCCGGAGUAUCUACCGGGCUUGUUAUAGUGGCAGAGGUUUUGUUUCCUUUUAUCAAAUGCAGCUUCACUAAAAGAGAUUUGGUAUUAAGACCCACGUUCAAAUAGCUGCAACGUUUGUGUUAGACUUAAUGGACAAGUUUUUGCAUUUUCUAUAUCAUGUUGGGUUUUCUGUUU